AUGCGUUUGGUGAACGUCCACACUCUCAAGCUUCGCGACUUUCACGACACCGACCCGCCUCCCUACGCCAUCGCAUCACACCGAUGGCACUCCUACGAGUGCACGUCCCGCGACUUUACCACCACCAACAUCGUGUCGGAUGACACACCUCAUAACCGUCAGUCGUCUAACCCUAUGACGAAUGACGAGUACUUGCGAGCCGGAUACUUGAAAGUGAAAUGCUUUUGCGAGGCUGUCAAACGAUGGAAGUAUCCUGUCUUGGACUGGCUGUGGAUAGAUACUUGCUGCAUCGACAGAACGAGCAGCACAGAACUUUCCGAGGCCAUCAACUCUAUGUACAGGUGGUAUUCCGAGGCAUAUGUAUGCCUUGCAUACCUUGACGAUGUCACCGGCCCACCAUCCUCUUCCACGAUACAUGACUCAUCGAAAGUCUUCCAAAGCAGCGAUUGGUUCACCCGCGGCUGGACAUUGAAGGAGCUGAUUGCGCCACAGCUCGUGGUCUUUCUUAACAGAGAAUGGGUCACGAUCGGACUUAAAGCGAGCGCCUCCUUAGCAGAGGAGUUAGAUCUUCGAUGGUCGCGCGAAGGUGGAGAUCUGGCCAUGCUGGGCCUACCGCUGCAUAAAGAGAUGUCUGCCAUAACAGAUAUACCAGAGGCUGUGCUGCGUCACCAGAUCGCUAAGACCAUGUUCGGCAUCUGCGACACGUUCAUGCCACUGAUCUAUGGAAAGCGAGAAAAUGCCCAGGAGCGGCUGGCGCAAGUCCUGAGCGCAAAGUAUGGUGGCAAGCCGACCUCGUAUGCCGAGCCGUUGGCAAAGAGGGCCACAAAGUCGACUCUUCGCGUCGACGACACAGCUUCGAUAUCGAUGGCCAACAGUGCCUGUGGUUCUGCCUCAGCGGCAUGUACCAGCGACAACUAUUCACACCUACCGCAAGCACAAACUUCUUCGAAUUCUGCGCGCGGCUCUCGUAAAUCGCACCAAGUCGACCACUACGAUGCCUUCCCGGGCCAGGCAUGGUAUGACAAUCUGGCAGCUUACACGCUUGCUGCCGACCGCAUCCUUCCCAAAUGGCUCGAGGAUGUCUCCUCAUGGCGACUAGCAGGGCCCCACAAAACAGUCGACCAACGACUCAAUCCCGGCACGAGGCGUCGCAUAGAUACAUACAACACGGCUCGUAAGAAAUCAAGGAUCGGCAUGUGUCCUUUUCCAAGAUGUGAAAGGAAAGCCAAAGACGCGGACGAUGCCAAGGAGCAUAUUCUAUCGCAUAUGAAACCCUUCAAAUGUCUCGAACCUGACUGUAGUCAACUGGAAGGGUUCACGACUCUGCACAAUCUCGAUGAACAUCGUGAAAGGGUGCAUCACCUUGAGCCUCAAUCCUCAUCGAACAGAAUCUAUGUCUGCAGCAUCUGUCCACGAGUCGCAGGGAGAGAGGCCAAAAGCUGGACCCGUAAGGACAACUACAGAGCUCAUAUGCAGCGCAUGCAUUCACGACAUGGUGCCGACCGGAUCGCAGUAGAUCCACAGCCUUUUCGAUUGAGCGAUCAACCAAGGUCAGAACCCGAAGCCGUUCAUUGUACUGAUCUUGCGAUCAUUCUCGACGAGCCCACAUCAGCGCUGCCGUCUGUGAUCGAUGAGGAAGCAGUUCAGGACUUCGAUUGGGAUCGGUACCUUCCAGAUAAUCACACCUGA